AUGGAAUAUUACCAAGAUAACUUUCUAGCCGAUUUCGAGCUUGAAGCCGCUCAAGGAGAUUUUUACGAGCGUGAGAGGUGUAAUCUAUUUCAAGGCAGCUCUGAAGCUUCAUUUUCACUUAAUUUACAAGUAGAACCAUUAUGCAUACCUUUAGGUGAUCUUCAAGAUAUUUCUCUUGUUGAGCCGAGCUUGGCUGCUUCAGAAGAAGCGAGCACAGCAAUAUCUGAAUGCUCUUCAGAUGAACACUCAGAUUUACUCAAAAAUGCCCCAACUUAUCAAUUCGUUGCUAAUCCGUCCUCUAACUGCAAAAUUGGAGGUAUCAGCUAUGAAGAGCGGCAGAAAAAACUCCAAAAAUACAGAGAGAAAAAGGCUAGGAGGAAUUGGCGCAAAAAGAUUAGCUAUGAUUGCAGAAAAAGGGUAGCAGACAAGCGAAUUAGAGUGAAAGGAAGAUUUGUUACAAAAGAGCAAGCAAUGUCUUUAUUAGAAAUACAAAGCUUACUUAAUUUAGAAGUUGAGAAACAAGAGUUCACUGAUAAGCAUUAGAUUUAAGAUCAAAGAUUAAAGAUUAAAGAUUAGCGGUUUAUUGUUUAGCAUCACACCCUUUUCCUUAGCGUGGGUGAAUUCUAAGGUUUAUCAGCAUAGCAAAGGAAUAGCUUUCGACCUGGCUUUGAUGAUAUUUCCGAAAUUUGAGUUACAGCUUAGAAACUAGAAGGCUUCUUCAGUGAUUGAAAUUCAGGCUCAAAAUAAACUCCCUAGAUGGUAUCAUCACAAAUCUACCUUGAUUGUUAGUGCUUGUGACCCCUGGGUACAUACUUCGGGAAAAAAACUAAAUUUUCAUUGUUGGAUGAGAAAGGCAAAACCCAACUGAAGCGCAGGUCUAGAGAGGAUAGUAGUGACGCCACCAUUUCAUUAGUAUAUUUUGCUGAUAAGCAAGCUGGAAUAAAUAAUUAA